AUGUCCGCCGAACGCACGGACCUCCCGCCCGAGCAGGUGUCAUUUUGCCUGCCAAAUGAGGAAAUAGCUUCGCCGACUUGCUCGCCGACUUGCUCGCCGCCUUCGAAUCCUACGCAAACAAUCGAUCCUCGUCCUGGAGUCCCCUAUAAAACCCUCCCUCCUCCAGCCCCUGAACCUCAACCAUCGAACUCCUCACCUACUCCAGGCCCUUCAUCGCCCACUCCAUCUCUCAUAUCAAAGUCGGACUCGACUUCGACUGACGAAGACAACGAAGACGAGGAUAAGUCCAACAAGCCCAAGAUGGCUGAACCACGUGCUCGCAUGGCCCGCCACAAGGGCCAGAUGAACUUCCAGAAUGAGCUUCGUCUCCUCCUUCUGGCCUACGGCGACCCAAGCCCCCACCCAAGCUUCCCCACCGAACCCCUCCCGGAGACAGUCCGCGUCCUCGAUGAGAUCAUCACCGACUUCGUGCUGGAACUCUGUCACGGCGCCGGCCAAGUCGCGCACCACGCUCGCCGCCAGAAGAUCAAAGUCGAAGACUUCCGCUUCGCCCUCCGCCGUGACCCGAACAAGCUCGGCCGUGUCCAGGAGCUCCUGCGCAUGGAGCGCGAGCUGAAGGAAGCGCGUAAGGCGUUCGAUCAAAAUGAUGAUCAGGUUGCCAAGGAAGCUGGCAAGAAGGGUGCUGCCGCUGCGGCGGCUGCUGCUGCUGCUGCUGGCGAGGAUCCUGAGGCUGCGGAAGCCGCUGCCGCUGCUGCUCAUACUAAGAAGAGUAAGGGCAAGGGCAAGAAGGCGAAUCGUCGUGGAUCCGAUGCUACUGAGGAAUCGGUUUCGAAGAAGCGCAAGACUGGUUAG